UUUGCUCCCAGAGUCUCUGUGGUUUCUCUGCCGGUUCCUCCACGGCCGUCUCCGUCUGCUCCUACACCUCACUCCGCUUUGGAGGAACAGGAUCCCUCUCUGAAACUUUUUCUAUUUAUCCGGAGAAUUUGAUCCCGGUUUUGCUGGCUUUUGCUGGCUUUUCUCUCAGCAGGGAGGAAAUCAUGCCUUCCGACUUUCUAACUCCUUUCCUGGAAGUGGAUGAAGAGUUCUGCAAGAACUUCCGCGGCUUGGAGACGGCAGAUGGCUCCUCCUGCAGCUUGCAGCAGCGAGUCCUUGGCUUUCAGAGGCGCCAUUCGCUCUGCCCCGUGACCCUCCCCAACUCCAAGUUCAACAGCAGCUCUGAGUUACUGGAGUCCGGUUGCUGGGGUCUGGGCCUGGCCCCCCAGCAGCACUGGAACCGCGAACUUCCUCAGUCCUCGCUCAGCCACAUCCCCUUCAGAGUGGACCGCUCGGUCAGCAUGAUCGAAGGAAGAGCCGACAAAAGUGUGUCCCCACCUCUGCUGCUGCCCCCGCCGGGCCUGUGUGUCAACAACAACAACAACAACUGUGGGGCCUCCCCCAGGGCGCCGGUGCCACCGCCGCACAUCUCCACCCGCUACAAGACCGAACUGUGCCGCACCUAUGAAGAAAGCGGCUCCUGCAAAUAUGGCGCCAAAUGUCAGUUUGCCCAUGGCCUGGAGGAGCUGAGAGGCCUCAGCAGACACCCCAAGUACAAGACGGAGCCGUGCCGCACCUUCCACACCAUCGGCUUCUGUCCGUACGGCGCCCGCUGCCACUUCAUCCACAACGCCGACGAGAUCCAGGCCGCGCCGCACCGGCAGAAGCUGAGGCCUCCUCCGUUACGCCACAGCCUCAGCUUCGCCGGCUUCUCCUCGUCUCGCCACACCUUCCAGCCAGUGGAGUCCCAGCCUUCCUCCCUCCUCUUCACCCGGGCCUCCUCCGUCUCCCCUCCUCCCUCCUCCAUUGGGAGUCCAGAACUCCUCUCACCUCUCUUUCCUGAGCCAGGGACCCUCAGGCAUUGCCCCCACCUCUUUGCUGGCCUCCAUGACCUGUCGGGCGAUGGAGGUUUCUCUGCCGUCACCGACUCCUCCUCCUCCUCUUCCUCCACCAGCAGCAGCAGGUGUUCCCCAACCAUCUACAAAAACCUCCCUCCUCUCCUCCCCCAGCCAGACUUCCUCGGCCUGCAGCGCAGCUCCUCGGCUGACUCCCUCUCCGAGGAGGGUUACACGUCCUCCUGCUCCCUGAGCUCCUCCUCCUCCAGCGGCACGGAGUCGCCGAGCUUUGAGGGCCGACGUCUGCCCAUCUUCAGCCGCCUCUCCGUCUCAGAUGAAUAAGGGGGGUGGUGUUGUGUUGAACAUAUAUAGGCUUUCAUUUCUUCUGAAAUCGGCCAACUACGUUUGCAUAUUGCAUUUCCCAGCCAGCAUCGCUAGUGCUGCUCAGCGUUUGUCCAGUUUUAGCCGACUCCUUUAACCACGACGAGUGUCUUCUGUCCGCUUUUUACGACCUCCUGCUGUAUACUGUUGUAUACAUUUGUUCAUAGAGUCAUUGGGGAGGGCCUGAAUCCCACCCCCUAGGAUCUAUUAGGAAAAGGGGUGUUGACCAACUGUUUGGUGACAUUCGUUUGUGACUUGAUUGUAUUUUUUUUUAACCUGAAACCAGCAUCGGUUAAACCACCUGUUACCAAAGUUCUCCCCGGUUAGUCUGAACCCCUGUGAUGUGUAUUUUUUCAUCCUAACACCGUAUUUAUUGUUGUGAGAUGUUGUGAUUGUGUCCCUGUUUGUACAAUUGGGUCCAUGCUUUAAAAAAAUAGGCUAGUGUAGAGGAGGGGAUGGGAGGAGGAGUUUUGGCAUUCUGCAUCGUUCAUGUUGCCUUAUCGGCCUUAAGGAGACUUUUCGGGGUUUCUUGGUCUCCCUUCCUCACCGAUCAGCCUGAAACCACCUGACUGGAAUCACAUUCUUUUUUUGUUUUAAAUAUUGGGUAAAGACUGAACAUUUGGACCACAGGUUUCAGUUAUGGUUGUAAAAAUCGUUUAAUCUUCAUCGGAAGUUGGACCCUUGACCUGCGGUGUAGGUCGUUGCACGCCGUCUAGAUGGGAAGCUCUGGAGCGGCGGGAGAAAUCACGGGAUUUCAUUCUUAAAACUUUUGACCCGAAAUCGACUCUACCUGCCCUCCUUGAGUUUAAUAAGCACUCGCUGUCCCACUUUGACAGCAAGAUGCUUUUUUUUUUUUAUAAAAAAAAAGAAAACAUGUUAACUUAAAGUUCUAUUUAUUUUCUUUUUUUUUCUUUUUUAUAAAAACAAAACCUAUAUUGUGUUGUUUAUUCCACAUAAAUUAAGUGCAUCUAUUGUUUACAUUCCAGCGGUUAUGUCUGUAACCUUGCUUUUUUAUCUUAAUAUAUUUGUGCAUCUUUAUUUCAAAAUAAAAGUCCUGAAUCUAUA